AUGAAUGCCCGCUUCCAAACUGGCGCCAACCCGCUGACUCUAGAGAAACUCCGUGCACCAGAUCAAGUAUCCGCCCCGGUUCCCACUGAGUACGUGUGGACCGUCACUCCACUCACGUAUGAGAGCAACUUUCGACUCGCACCAAUCCACUUCCUUAUCGAACUCGAGGAUGCUCUCGGGUUUAACUCGCAGUUUGUCGAAAUCCAAGAGGCAGACAAAGGGUCGGGCGUGACCCGCAUGGCUGGCUCUACUCCUACCCACACCACUACUACUGAAACAUCAACUUCCGGCUCCAGUACAAGCUCUAGUACGGGCUCCAGUACUGACACGAACAACACCACCGAGAAGGAACCCUUGACAUUCAACAAUAGCACACUUAGGUUCGAGGUGUGA